ACCUCGACCACUAACACCUCCCAAGCCAUGGCUAGCGCGAAACCUCCGACCGAUCUCGAAGAGGUGCUAGACAACGAAAUCAAGGAGUGGCAUUUCCACAUUUACUUUCACCAGAACAACGCAGACGAGCACAAGGCUGCUUUGGACCUCCGUGAUUCGGUCUUGCGGCUGAGGAAGAACGGCGCAUUCAUCGCCGUUCCUCUCUAUCGGGUCAACACCGGACCUAUUGGUCCACAUCCUUGUGGCUCAUACGAAAUUUGGGUCCCCUACGAGUCCUUUGCGGCGGUCUACUCCUACUUGGUUCUCCACAGGGGUUCUCUCAGCAUCCUCGUGCAUCCUCUGACUCGGGAAGAACGGGCCGACCACGAAGUCCGUAACUCGUGGAUAGGCCCAUCUUUCCCACUGGAUCUCUCCACUCUUCCAGUGAAGAGUGAAGAUGUGCCCUCGCAGUAUCACAGCUUGAAGCUCGGUUACUCCUCUACGGCACCGAAGCUUUCGCUGGAUGAAAGGCGGAAGAUAGGGGCGAACGUGGAGAAAAUUCUGCAGGGGGAGAAGGAGGCCGCUAAGGCUCCAGUGGAUGCCUAGGUCGCGUUGUAUGGUCUAUAUCUCGAUUGCUUGCUUGUUUAUACCUAUGGAUCUGCGUUUUACUGGUCGG